CGCCCACAGACAAUCAAAGCUCCACCCCGCCCUUCAUCCUUCCUUUCCUCUCCCCUUUCCCUUUUAGUUCAUCCAGCUUCAAGCCACCACCGACGACAGUGCUUCCUUUCCCGACCAAUCAUAGGCCUUCCCUCCGACAAUCACGCCUAACCUUCUGAUCCGGCCGCAUCAACGGCCGUUAUUCCUUCACGUAUACCUCCCCAGCCGCGCUUCCCAAUUAAAAUCCCGCUUUUCUCCGCCGCCGAUUUCCUCCUCUCUCAUCCUCCGCGGUCUGCUACUCUCGCCGCGGACGGCUUUCAAAACUGAAUCUCCCCGAUCUGCCAUUACAGCAACGGUGAGUCUCCGAAAGGAUGCUGUUCUUGCUCAUUAAUUACUUUACCAACCGUGACCAACAGAACAAUUAAACAAACUGACUGACAGUCUCUCCAGCGGACUGGGUUGAAUAAUUAGGGAGUGGUUUGAACCUAGAUCGGAGCUUCGAGGAUGGCGCCGAGCACGAUCCGGAAGGCGAUCGGGACGGUGAAGGACCAGACGAGCAUCGGGAUAGCGAAGGUGGCCAGCAACAUGGCGCCGGAGCUGGAGGUGGCGAUGGUGAAGGCCACCAGCCACGACGACGACCCGCCCAACGAGAAGUACAUACGCGAAAUCCUCAACCUGACCUCCUACUCCCGCGGCUACGUCAGCGCCUGCGUCGCCGCCGUAUCGAAGCGGCUGAGCAAGACGCGGGAUUGGAUCGUGGCGCUGAAAUCGCUCAUCGUCGUCCACCGCCUCCUCAACGACGGAGAUCCGCUCUUCCAGGAGGAGAUCUUGUACGCCACCAGGAGAGGGACGAGGCUUCUCAACAUGUCCGAUUUUAGGGAUGAGGCGCAUUCCAGCUCCUGGGAUCAUUCCGCUUUCGUCAGGACUUAUGCUAUGUAUCUCGAUCAGCGGCUCGAGAUGGUCUUGUUCGACAGAAAGGGCUCUGCCUCUGGCGGCGGCGGGGUGAGUUCUUACGGCGAAAUCGAUAGGUAUGGAGGAAGAGGCGAUUUCAGAUCGCCGCCUCCUAGGGCUUACGAGUACAGCGAUGGUGGUGGGGCUCCAGGAAUGACUCGAAGAUCCAGAUCUUUCGGAGAUGUGACCGAGGCAGCGGGGGGAAGAGAUGGGCGCGACAAGCCAGGAGCCGCCGCCACCACCCCGAUACGAGACAUGUCGCCGGAGAGACUUUUCGGUAAGAUGUCUCAUUUGCAGAGGCUAUUGGAUCGAUUCUUGUCUUGCCGGCCAACAGGGCUAGCGAAAACCAGUAGAUUGAUACUGAUCGCUGCAUACCCAGUAGUGAAAGAGAGCUUCCAAUUGUAUGCUGAUAUAUGCGAGGUUCUAGCCGUGUUGCUCGAUAAGUUCUUUGAUAUGGAGUACCCAGAUUGUGUCAAGGCACUUGAUGCUUAUGCUAGUGCUGCUAAGCAGAUUGAUGAGCUCAUUGGAUUCUACAACUGGUGUAAAGACACUGGAGUAGCUAGGUCAUCAGAGUAUCCGGAGGUGCAGAGGAUUACUGGGAAGCUAUUAGAGACAUUGGAGGAAUUCGUUAGGGAUAGAGCAAAGAGGCCCAAGAGUCCAGAGAGGAAAGAAGAGGCACCUCUUGCUAUCGAGGAAGCGCCUGCACCCGAUAUGAAUGAAAUCAAGGCAUUUCCCGCACCAGAGACUUCCACCCCACCUCCACCUCCAGCUCCCGAGCCUGAGCCAGAGCCUCCUAAGCCACAGUAUACUGAAGAUUUGGUGAACUUGAGGGAAGAUGGUAUGACUGCAGACGACCAAGGUAAUCGAUUCGCGUUGGCAUUGUUUAAUGGGCCGGCGGGCAAUGGUGGAAAUGGGUCUUGGGAGGCAUUCCCGUCGAACAACGGGCAGCCUGAAGUGACAUCGGCUUGGCAGACCCCAGCUGCUGAGCCGGGGAAAGCAGAUUGGGAGCUGGCCUUGGUCGAGACUGCUAGUAAUUUAUCAAACCAGAAAGCAGCAAUGGGGGGUGGGCUCGACCCGUUGCUGCUGAACGGGAUGUAUGAUCAGGGAGUGGUCAGGCAACACGUCGGGACUGCUCAAUUAAGCGGAGGUAGUGCUAGCAGCGUGGCUUUGGCCGGUCCUGGGAAGACCACGACCCCGGUUCUGGCCCUCCCAGCUCCCGACGGAACAGUUGAGGCGGUUAAUCAGGACCCAUUCGCAGCUUCGUUGAUCGUUCCACCUCCUUCGUACGUGCAAAUGGCCGAUAUGGAGAAGAAGCAGCACUUGCUUGUACAGGAGCAGGUGGUUUGGCAGCAGUAUGCGAGGAGUGGGAUGCAAGGUCAAGCGAGUUUGGCCCGGGUUCAUGGAGCAGCAGGUCCUAUGCCGUAUGGGAUGCCCCCGCCGCAAGUCAACGGGAUGGUAAUGCCUGCUGCAGGGUACUAUUAUGCUCCUCUCUGAUAUUUUGUUGAACUAUUGCAUUAUUAUUAUUAUUACUAGAAUCAAUACCCGCGGCUACGCCGCAGGAACUAAAAUAGCAGCAACAUGAUAGUAUGGUGGUCAUUUCAAUAAUGACAAACUCAGGAUCCUACUACUGGCAACAAUGUGGGGACAGGUUACGGUGAUUACUACAAAGUAGUAAUCACCGUGGUUACUAAGGGUAAAUUGGGUAUGAAAAAAUAAAUUAUAUUAAUUGAUUUUUUAAUAAAUUACAUUUUAGGUA